GUGGCAGCUCGGUACAUGGACAUCAAGGGGAAGAAAGGACCUGUCGGGAUGCCUAAAGAGGCCACUUGUGACCGUUUCAUGUGUAUCCAGCAAGGCUCCGAGUGUGAUAUCUGGGAUGGACAGCCUGUAUGCAAAUGCAAAGAUAGGUGUGAAAAAGAGCCCAGCUUUACCUGUGCCUCCGAUGGACUCACCUAUUACAACAAGUGUUAUAUGGAUGCAGAAGCUUGCACCAAAGGCAUUACUCUAAAUGUAGUCACUUGCCGGUACCAUCUCACCUGGCCAAAUACCAGCCCUAUCCCUCCAGAGACUACAGUGCGCCCUACCACAGCCUAUUCAGAGACAACCAUCAUUGACAUCCUGCCACCCGCUCUAGUUAACAAUCCAGUCCAUCAGUCAGUCUAUGUGGGAGAGACUGUUAGCUUUCUUUGUGAUGUCACAGGCAGACCCAAACCAGAAAUUACUUGGGAGAAGCAAACGGACGGUAAGGAAAAAAUCAUUAUGAAGCCGAAUCACGUCAGGGGGAAUGUCGUGGUUACUAACAUUGCCCAGCUGGUAAUCUAUAACACUCAGCUGCAAGAUGCAGGCAUUUACACAUGCACUGCAAAAAACAUGGGUGGUAUUCUCAGAGUUGAUUUCCCAUUAUCAGUUGUCAAAGGAGAACCUGCAUCAAAAGAAGCAUCCCAAAACAAAACCCAUUUCCCAACUGAUGAGUGUCUAAAGCAGCCAGACAGUGAAGACUGUGGGGAAGAGCAGACGAGGUGGUAUUAUGACGCAAAGAAAAACAACUGCUUUACAUUCAUUUAUGGGAACUGUAAUAGCAACCUGAACCACUUUGAGACCUAUGAGAACUGUAUGUUAACAUGUAUGAAUGGCCCAAUCAACAUCUGCAAACUGCCAGCCCUUCAGGGUCAUUGCAAAGCCUAUGAGCCCAGAUGGGCAUACAACAGUUUGACAAAGCAAUGCCAAUCUUUCAUUUAUGGUGGCUGCGAAGGCAAUGAGAAUAACUUUGAGAGCAAAGAGGCCUGCGAAGAGAUGUGCCCUUUCCCUAAAAACACUCACUGCAAAGCCUGCAAACCUCGCCAAAAGCUGGUGACGAGCUUCUGCAAAAGCGACUUUGUGAUCCUAGGCCGUAUAACGGAACUAACUGAAGACCAAGACUCGGGACACGCGCUGGUGACAGUGGAAGAGAUUCUAAAGGAUGAAAAAAUGGGAUUAAAAUUCCUGGGAAAGGAACCUCUAGAAAUCACCCUUUUAAAUAUGGACUGGAGCUGCCCAUGCCCCAAUAUGACCACGGUGGAUGGUCAGCUUAUCAUCAUGGGUGAUGUCCACAAUGGGAUGGCCGUGCUGCAGCCAGACAGCUUUGUGGGCAUCUCCAGUGUCCGGCGUGUACGGAAGCUUCGUGAAGUCAUCCACAAGAAAACCUGUGAGCUUCUGAAAGAAUUCUUAGGACUACACUAA